CAGCCAUAUGUGCAGAGUGCAAAUUUAUGCUUCGAUCAUCUUCAACUCGCCCUUUUAAAACAUUAGUUUAAAUGUUUUGUAAUUUGUAAGGCCAGUUGAAUAACUAGGAUUUACAAAUUUUGGAUUUAAAAACUAUUUCUCGGAAAAUGUAACUUACUAUUUAUUGAUAAUUCUAGUUUAAAACGCCCUGUUACUGUAUUUUAUUACUUACUAAGGGGAUGUGUUGAAUUAUGUUGUUGGUAACAAAGUAAGGAGCAUCGACAAUGGCCCUCAAGAGUUUGGUUUCAAACCUCGUUGGUGGCAGUGCCCUAUAAUUGUAUGCCAUAGGUCCACACAGGUUUUAGGAUUGUUUUAUUAAGCAGCACGUUGUUGUCUUGUAAUAGUCUCGAUUUACGACAAAUAAGCCAGUACAUUUGUCUUCGUUUAAUCCCAAGUUGUUUACUGUUGGUAAAUAUAUGCUUUUUCCAUGUCAGGCGUCUAUCUAAACCCAUGCAAGGUAUUUAACAUCCUACUCUUGCUAUGGGUAGUUACUAGUUCUUCCUGAGGGACAUGUAUAAAUGUCAAGUGAACGGACUUCGUUUCAUUGACUAUAAUACCUCAUAUUUUUAGCCAGUCUCGUGUUUUAGUUAUAUUAUAUUGGAGGUUAUUUGAUGCCGCAAUUGGGUUUAUAUAGAAAGAUACUAGAACCAGAUCAUCGGCAUAUGUUGCCAUAGUUGUGGUCCUUGUUACUGGCCGGUGUGCAGUUUACAGAAAAUAUAACAACGAUCGGAGGAUACUUCCCUAGAAAACCUCAGAGAGAAUGGAAUAUAGAUUGCUAUAUUCACUAUCUAUCCAUUAAAUAUGAUAGGCAACUGAUAGUAGAAAUGAGGAAAAAACUGGUUUAGUUUCACUUGUGAGCCGCUGUGCCAUCCCUUAUCAAAGGCAUGAGAUAUGUAUCUUUUGUCAUUUAGAUCUUUAUUGAUUUGGUUAACUAAUCUACGAACUUCUAUUGUUCCAUGUUUAUUCCGGAAAUCAAAUCGAUGUUGGGUAUUAUUUUCCUAUUUACUAUUAUGCUUAGUUUCUUAGUAUAUCUCAAACACUUUGGAAAGAAUUGGUAACAAGGUUACAGGCCUGAUGUUUCGAGAAGACUUUAGCUUUUUCUUUAUCAUCCCUGGCCCAGGUACUGUCUUAAUGUUUAGAUGGAAAGUUAUGUUGUUAGAAUCUUCUCAGCCUCCUUGAAGCCAGAAUAAGUACUAUGUGGCGUAUGGUAAAUGCCCAUAAGCAAAUUUUCAUUUAGUGUUUUCGUGGUUUAUGUGAUAAAAUAAGACUUUUCAGUUGAAUAUAUUGUUGAAGGAACGUACUAUUUAAGACCUUUUUAUUAGAUUUUCCCCAGGUGAGUUAAUUUAACAUAUUAAUUCUGCUUUAAAACUUGUUGAGGUUAUGUCUAUUUUAUUUUUGUAGUACCUUUUUGUUUGUUUUUUUGCAGAUCCUUUUGUUGUUAAGAAAAUAAUGGCUUUUAAACAUGUCAUAAAACUUUCCAGCAUUAGUGCUUUUAUAGAUGACACAACAAAAUUAUAAAAAGGGGUGAAAACGCCUUAGAGUCCAGUCAUGUGAAGAAAAUGGACUUUGACUCUGAUUUGCAGGUAAUCAGAGGGGAAGUAUAUGCUACUAUGAAAGACAAAAGCUACAAGGUAUCUAUAGUGUUGGAAAAGAAUGGUGACAUUAAAGAAGCAACCUGCACUUGUCCCAGGGGUAUAAAAUAUCAUCACAUUGCGCCGUUGACACUUUUUGGGCAUUACAAUAUAUCUGUAACAGAUAAAGCGUGUGCAUGGAAGGCACUACCUAAACCGAAGGUUGGGCCAGUUAAAUCUGCAGAAGAGAUUUACCCACCAAAGCCCUAUACACCUCUUGAAGGUGGGGUACCAGAAGCAUCAAGCAACAGAUUAAAGGAAGGGCUACACAGCUUUGGAAAUACUGUUGGUUUUACCUGGUUACCUGGUUAUUGAACGAGGAAUCAAUAAAUUUGCUGGAAAAUGGAUUUCCGGUAAUUGAAGAAAUAAUUUCUUCCAAGGACUUUUUGGAGGCCACAGAAAAACUGACAGUGUUCAAAGAAAAAUGUGCUGUUGAUGAUCAGCUAAUAAAAGAAAUCUGGCCAGGUGUACAAAUGAAAAAUGGUACCUCGCAAGAAAAUUUAGAUUAACUGCUAGUAACUUUAGUGCUAGUGCUAGUGCAUGUAGGAGAAACAGAUUCCCAGUGAGUUUGUUCAACACACUCUUAGAUGAGUAAUAAAUCAUAAAUUUAUUACAUAGUUUAGUCAUAGAUGUUAUCAAUAAUUUGUUUAUUGAGCCUCUAAGAUUGAUUUUUCAAAAAGUAGUCUUUUCAAAAAUGGUAUUUUAUGUAGCAUUUCCUUACUUUAGUUUAAUUUUACCUACAUUUUUUAUUAUAAUCAGUUCAUUAUUUUUCCAGGUGAAUACAAUUUGGAAGGUAUCAAAGCAAUCCAGUGGGGUAGAACUCAUGAAAAAGAUGCUCUAGAUCAUUUGAAACAGAUUUAUAAUUUAAAUGUUGGCAAACUGGAGUAUGGCUUACAAAUUCAGGACUUCUUGGUGCUAGCCCUGAUGGAAUAAUUGAUGAAGAAGAAGCCAUUGUAGAAGUGAAAUGCCCAUAUUCUUUCAAAAAUGAUAAGUUAACUGUAAAAUUGAGAAAUUUUAAUAAAUAUAUAGUUUUUUAUGAUGAUGAGGGUAACUUAAUCUUAAAUACAAGUCACAAUUAUUAUCACCAAAUUCAAGGAGUUUUACAUAUUUUAAAAAAGAAAAAAUGUAACUUAUGUAUUUAUACCUUGAAGGAAACAGUUGUGACUAUUGUAGAGUUUUACAAUUCAUGGAAAGAAAACAUUCACUCUCGGAAAAUUUCUAUAUAGAACAAUACUUACCAAAGUUGUGAGACAAUCAAAUAAAAAUUUUUGACAUGUUUUUCAAUUUGUUUUAGGUUAUUCCACAGUGUUAGCAGAUAGAGUAUACAGUUGGAAAAAUCUUUACUAUUUAUUUUAGACUGAAAAGCCACUCUACAAAUUUUUGUUUGCUGAGGAUAUCAGAAAAUUAUGUUUUUUAAUAUAAAUGUACAAUGCUAUUUUGUCAAUGAAGAUUUUUAAAACAAACUUUAGUUAUUUUAGAUUGCUGUAUUGAGUGUACUAUAGUCGAGUGAUUUUUUUUUGUACAAAAAACUUGUAAAAUAAAAUAAAACACUGCUUGUGGCUUAAUAAUUUAUUUGAAGAUUGUAAAGACUGUAGUGUACUGUCAAGAAAUCAAAUUGUAUUUGUUCACUUUAUGAAAAUUGUGGUUGGAUUCACAGGCUUUUAUUAAAUUAGAAAAACAGUAUUAUUUUUACUUUUAACAAUAAUUGUAUUAGAUCAAAUUUAUAAAUUAAGUAAAAUCUAAAUAUACAUUUUUAAAAAAAAAUUUCUAAACUUUUUACAAAAAAAAGUCGACUAAGGAAAUAUAUUGCUAAAAUAAAAAAUAUUUAAAAUUA